UGUGAUGAAAUUUGCUGUUUAUUUUCCUAGCAGAAAUUCAGGAAGCAAAGGCUCCCAGUCCUUCCAUAAACCGGCAAACCAGCAUUGAAACAGACCGAGUGUCUAAGGAAUUCAUCGAAUUUCUCAAGACCUUCCACAAGACUGGACAAGAGAUCUAUAAACAGACCAAGAUGUUCUUGGAAGGAAUGCAUUACAAAAGGGAUCUGAGCAUUGAGGAGCAGUCAGAGUGUACUCAGGAUUUUUACCAGAAUGUGGCGGAAAGAAUGCAGACCCGUGGAAAAGUCCCUCCAGAAAGAGUUGAGAAGAUAAUGGAUCAGAUUGAAAAGUACAUCAUGACGCGCCUCUAUAAACACGUGUUCUGCCCAGAAACCACAGACGAUGAGAAGAAGGACCUCGCCAUUCAGAAGAGGAUCAGAGCCCUGCACUGGGUUACACCUCAGAUGCUUUGUGUCCCUGUCAAUGAAGAAAUUCCAGAAGUGUCUGACAUGGUGGUGAAAGCGAUCACAGACAUCAUUGAAAUGGAUUCGAAGCGUGUGCCUCGGGAUAAGUUGGCCUGCAUCACCAGGUGCAGCAAGCACAUCUUCAACGCCAUCAAGGUCACCAAGAGGGAGCCCGCUUCUGCAGAUGACUUCUUGCCCACGCUCAUCUACAUCGUGCUGAAGGGCAACCCCCCACGCCUGCAGUCCAACAUCCAGUACAUCACCCGCUUCUGCAACCCCAGUCGGCUGAUGACCGGGGAGGAUGGCUACUAUUUCACCAACCUGUGCUGUGCUGUGGCUUUCAUUGAGAAAUUAGAUGCCCAGUCUUUGAAUCUGAGUCAGGAGGAUUUUGAUCGCUACAUGUCCGGCCAGACCUCUCCCAGGAAGCAAGAGCCCGAGGGCUGGUCUCCUGAUGCCUGCUUAGGUGUGAAGCAGAUGUAUAAGAACUUGGAUCUCCUGUCUCAGUUGAAUGAAAGACAGGAAAGAAUCAUGAAUGAAGCCAAGAAACUUGAAAAAGACUUAAUAGAUUGGACAGAUGGAAUUGCAAAAGAAGUUCAAGACAUUGUGGAGAAAUAUCCACUGGAAAUUAAGCCCCAAAGUCAACCAUUAGCAGCUAUUGACUCUGAAAAUGUUGAAAAUGACAAACUCCCCCCACCAUUGCAGCCUCAGGUUUAUGCCGGAUGAGGACCUGACGUGGGAGUGUUGCUCUAGGCCUGCAGCCUUCAAGCGGGGGUCUGGAGUUCGACUCCAUUGCUUAUAGAUGCCAGAGUAUUUUUAAGGUACAGUUCGUGGGGGUGGUUUGUUUGUUUUGUUUUGUUUUUCCAGGUAGGAGAAGCUUAGUUAAUAAUAAAGUACUAUUUAUUUGAGUUAUUGAAACAGAUUCAUUUAAGGUUUAUGUGGAAACUUUGCCUACACCUUCUUUUCCUCCAUGAUUUUCUGUGGGCCUCCUCCUCAGUUCGCUGUGGUCUGGUUUUGGGGAGUAAUUGCCUUCUAAAGGGUGAAACAAGCAAAUGCUGUCAAGUUGUGUUUAAGAGAGUCCUCUGUUACCACUGUCCCACGGUUUGAAGGAGUUUGUAAUUGUAAAGACAGAAGAAAUGUUGAUAAGUAAAUAUGUAAAAUUGUAAAUAUGUAUAAAAAAAAGAACGGGUGUCUGCUGCA